AUGGGAUAUCAGGGAAGGCAAAAACUUCCUGUCAUCAACUUCGGCAAGGAGAAUUUGCAGCAUGCCACAAAAGGCUGGUCCUUGGCACGCAACGAAGUCCUCCACGCUCUUGAAGAGUGCGGUUGCUUUCUUGCAGUGUAUGAUGCAGUUUCUUUCAAGUUGAGGGAUUCAGUAUUUUCUGCGCUAGAAAAACUGUUCGAUCUUCCCUUGGAAACAAAAAAGAAGAACACUUCUGAUAGGGAUUUAUUUGGUUAUUUUGGCAUUGACGGUGACUCAUCUAAUCAUGAGAGCAUGGGAAUCGAAAAUUCAACCGACAUAGAAGAAGUCAAGAAAUUCUCUAAGCUCGUGUGGCCCCAAGGAAAUGAUGACAAUUUCAGUGGGAUUAUCCAUGAAUGUGCAAAUCUGAUGUCGGAGUUGGAAGAAGUGGUGAUUAGAAUGGUUUACGAAAGCUAUGGGGUAGAGAAGCUGAAGUGUGAUUCUCACCUAGAUUCAAACAUGCACUUGCUUCGGUUCAACAGAUAUAUAUCGCAUGGAGUUGACGAGAAAACCGUGAGUUCUAAUGCUCAUACUGAUAAGACCUUCAUCACAAUUCUUACUGAGAGUCGAGAAAAUGGAUUGGAGGUAAAAUUGAAGGAUGGGCAAUGGAUCCCUGUUGAUUUCUUGCCUUCAUCAUUUGUUGUUAUGGCAGGAGAAGCAGCAAUGGCAUGGAGCAACAACACAAUACAACCUUGUUUUCAUCGAGUUUUAACGAACGCGAAUGCAAAAAGAUUGUCAUUGGGGUUGUUCUCUUUCAAUAAGGGGGUCAUACACAUCCCUCAGGAGUUGAUUGAUGAUGAACAUCCACAGCGCUUUAAGUCAUUUGAUAACCUGGGGUUGCUCGAUUUCUUUCUCGAAGAACAGCGAAUGGGCCUGCCAACUGAUUCUACCACCAAGAAAUAUUGUGGUCUUUGA